AUGGGUGGUCAUUCACUUAUGAGUUGGCUGGCCAACUAUGAUGUUGUUGAAGACCCAUUUUGCUUCACAAACCAAAUAGUUCCUCCUAUGGAUUAUUUGAGUGGAAUGAACGGGUAUGGUCCAUUUGAUUGGCAAUGCGAAUGGACGCUCCCACAAGUACAAGACUCUUUUCUUGAUGCUGCUGUUCCUUUCAUGGAUCAAAGCUGUUUGAAUCUUGAUCCUCUUUACUCUUCCCUUGAUAUUCAACCAAUCCGAAGUGCGUUUCAAGGUGAUGAAAUUGUUUUGGGAAAUGGAGAUGGGGUUUGUAAUGAUUUGUUCUGUGAAUUAAUGGAGCCUAGCAAUAAUCAACAAAAACAAAUACAUCAACCUCCAUUGCUGAUGUGCAAGAAUGAAGAAAAUGGCAGUGCUGCGAAUGAGUUGGAGGAGGAGACGAAGGUGAUUAGUAAAAGGUCUCACCUCAGCACAAGGCUAAGAUCAUCAAACUCGACGUCGCUCAACUCAUCAAAAAUGUUGUCGAGGGAAACAAUAUCCAACUACUUCUACAUGCCUAUAACUCAGGCAGCCAAGGAACUCAAUGUAGGUUUAACCCUUUUGAAGAAAAGGUGUAGAGAGUUGGGGAUUCGCCGGUGGCCUCACCGGAAGCUGGCCAGCCUCCAAACCCUAAUCAGAAACAUUCAGGAGUUGGGAAAGGAGGGGGAGGAGAGUGAGGAGAAGCUUCGAAAUGCAAUACAGUUGUUGGAGAGGGAGAGGAAGCUGCUGGAGGAAGUGCCCGACAUGCAAUUGGAGGACAAUACCAAGCGACUGAGGCAAGCUUGUUUUAAGGCUAAUUACAAGAAGAGAAAGAUCAUGGGGAUGAAUAAUAUGGAUCAAUCACAAUCCUCUUUCAUCUGCAGCAACAAUGAAAUUCAUGAAUAUGCAAGUAUUAUGGAUGAUGGUUAUGAGGAAGAUGAAGAAAUCAAGUCUCUUUUAUCUGACUCUUUUUCCUCAUCAAAUUCCAACAACAUAUGCCUGUUCUAG